GACCACGCGGCGCGUUGGAAAAUUGUCAUGGACUAUGCAUAUACCCUUCAACACGUAUUAAAAACACAGAAUGGCAUUCAGCCCAAACAAGAGUACAUUGCGCAAUGGUUACGAGAACGACCGCCGCGAUCCAGCGACAAUCGAGACAUCAUGCACAAAUCCAUUCUCCAGCACUUUUUAAGCAAAGAUCUCAGAGACACGUCUAUACCCACCAUUCCAGACAACUUUGGUAGUGAUUCCCUCGAGUCGUUUCCUCCGGCACCUGGCAUUGUACUUCAAAUUGUAGACACACGCGACAUUAGCAAUUCCACCCAUUCGCUCCUCAACAAUCUCUCCACCGUAGCACCCGUACGUCAAGUGUAUGUACGACGAGCAACAGAAGACGACGUUCGGUUUCCGCGCGGUACCUUGAGGUGGACUUUGACUGAUGGAUACACCGAAGUCGUGGCGCUCGAGUAUGAACGUAUUAACCAGCUCAGCCUUACAACCCCCUUUGGAUGCAAGGUGUUCAUCAAACCAUGUGAAGUGCGGCAAGGUAUGCUGUUUCUGCGACCAUCCAAUAUCAAGAUUCUAGGAGGUCAAGUCGAGUCUCUAUUUGGUGGUAAUAUGCUGGAAGAGUUGGAGCGACGCUUCAAAGCAAAACUUGGGCUGCAACCUAUAGCAACGACAGAAAGCGAAAUUAUGCAUCGACCAGCUCUACCACAACCACCACCACUCAGUGCCGCUACUACUACUACUACUACUACCAGUACUACUAGUGCACCACCGUCACGAUCGACAGCGCCAGUACCGUCAAAUAAUAACCAUGACGACUACGACGAGUUUGAUGAUGAUUUGGAUAUGCAAAUGCUUAUGGAGAUGGAGCAAACCUACUCAACGUCUACCCGAUCACGGUCACAGCAGCAACAGCAGCUACUACUACAACCACCAACAUCCACAUCAUCAAUACAGGCACCGCAACGGGCAGCUAGCAUGGAACGCCAUGCAGCAGAGGAUACAGAUCAGAACGAUAGUUUUAGCGACGAAUUCAUGGAUGCAAUGUCUCUAGAUUUGGAAGACAUGCCCACAACUACACUGGCUGCCAACCAAGCGCCUCCUCUCAUAAAUCACGAAUCCACAUUACCACUUGCUAGACAGGCUUCCGAGCUAAAUCUGAAUCCAGAACCAGAGGCAGAACCACAACAACAACAACCCACCUUGCAAUGUACUAGUGACCAGAAAUCAAUGUCAGAGCAACAACAAGAGACAAAAGCAGUAUCAGAAGUUACUGUCACUCAAGUAGUCGAGUACCUCCGGUGUAGGAAGAGCAACCCGGAGCUUACGAUACAGCUACCAUCCCAAGUAACAGUACAAGCAAUAGUCUCCAGACCACUGAGGAUUGGCAUUCUGCCUAAACAGUACAACGUUACUGUGCAAAUUGAAGAUUUGAUAAUGGAUCUCUCAUUGGAAGAAGAAGAACGAGAGAAGAAUGCUUUAUGUAUCAUGCUUCCCAACGAUUUCAUUGCCAAGGCCUGGGGCUUAACGUCAAAGGAAUACUGUGAAAUCAAAGAAGAACGAGGCACAAAAUAUGUGCAAGACACGUACUCUAAACCAUGGGGCAAGAGUUUCCGGAAUAUACAAUGCAAGGUUGAGCUUGAUUUGGAAUCAACGGAGGAGGACAAAACCUUUGAUGCAAUAUUGCCAAAAGUGAUUAGCUUUGAACAAGUUACAGAUAGUGUAUAAGACACAUCUUACUUUCUUUUAUUGCCAUGUACAUACUUUGAAUACAUCAAAUACGUUUAAUACUAG